GACCAUACUUAUGUAUAUAUAACCUCCCUUCCCAGGCACACCCUUGCAAUCAACCCUCUUAUUCUAGACCCCGAACCCUGACUUGACAACCUAGUAGACAAUGGACUUCUCCCUUCAACACCACGAGUCCUUCAUCGGCCGUCCGGCCACCGACCUCCCCACCCCCUCUCUAAUCCUCAGCAAACCGACCCUCGAGAAAAACAUCAACCAGCUCCUCCAAGAUGUGAAAGAUCUGCGCUUAUCAUUUCGUCCACACGUGAAAACCCUCAAAUCCCUCGAACUCACCCGCCUCAUGCUCGCCAACGGCACCCACCGCCGCAUCGUAGCCUCCACACUCAGCGAACUCCGAGGCGUCCUCCCCCUCGCAAAAGAGGGUAUUCUCGAUGAGGCCCUCUACGGCCUCCCAAUCUACCCCUCCGCCCUCCCCCACCUCCAGCACAUCCUCACCACAACACCCACCCUAAAACUCCUCCUCAUGAUCGACUCCCCCCAACACAUCGACAUUCUCGAAUCCUACGCCGCUGCAAACCCCACGAGAAAUAUCGCCGCCUGGCCCGUCUUCAUCAAAAUCGACGUCGGCUCGCAUCGCGCAGGCGUGGAACUUUCCUCGGAUGAAUUACCUGCUCUCGUCAGACGAGUUGAGGGAUCGAAGGCGGUGGAAUUGUAUGGGUUUUAUUGUCAUGCGGGACAUUCGUAUGCGUGUCGGAGGGAGGAGGAGGUGAAGACGGUGCUCGGGGAGGAGGUUAGGGGGGUUUUGGAGGCUGUGAGGUUUAUUCAGGGGAAGAGAAAAGUGGUGGUGAGUGUGGGGUCUACGCCCACGGCGCAUGUGGUUCGGGAGGUUAGGGGGUUUUUGAAUGGUGGGGUGGAGGUGGAGUGUGUAAUGUAUACAGGAAACUACCCCUCGAAUGAUCUCCAGCAGGUAUGUACAGGGAUAGUCAAAGAGGAGGAGCAGGCGCUACGCAUCCUGGCAGAAGUGUGCAGUGUGUAUCCGGGACGGAACGAGGCGUUGAUAAAUGCUGGUACGGUGGCGCUGUCGAAAGAGACGAGCGAGGUCCCCGGAUUUGGACGCGUGGUGGAUCGUGCGGAGUGGUCUGUGGCGAGGAUGUCGCAAGAGCAUGGGAUUCUUGGACUCAGUGGGAAGGAUACGGAGGGACCCGAGAAGGUGGAGGAAGUGUUUCGGGUUGGUCAGAAGGUGAUGCUGUAUUGUCAGCAUGCGUGUAUUACGGCUGCGGCGCAUUUUGUGUAUUAUGUUGUGGAUGAGGAGGAUGUGGUUAGGGAGACGUGGGUGCCAUGGAAGGGGUGGUAG